AACGCCUCUCAAUCUCUUCUCUCUUCAGGUACCCUCCUUGACACCCUAAAUUUAUAAGGUAGUAGUAUCUCUCUACAACUCUCUCUCAUCCACAAAAUCCAAUGGCUCUCACAAGCACCUCCUCUCUUCUUCCCACCAAAUCUACCUUCAUUCAAACCCAAUCUCUCUUACCCACCUCCAAUCCUCACCAAACCUCUCUCUCCACCAAACCCAAAUCCAUCAGAUCCAUCCAACCCAUCUCCGCCGUCCACUCCUCCGACCCUUCAAAAACCCCCAUUGUCUCCGACAAGCCGUCGAAGCCAACCACGCCGGCGACCUCUGCGACGGCGACGAAAUCACCGGCGGUGACGAACCCAGAAACGGUUCCGAGGAAAUGGGGCGUGGAGAGCUGGAAAUCGAAGAAGGCCCUUCAGCUUCCGGAAUACCCAGAUCAGGAAGAGCUCGAAACGGUGCUCCGAACGCUCGAUGCGUUCCCUCCGAUCGUGUUCGCCGGCGAGGCGAGGAGUCUCGAGGAAAAACUCGGCGAGGCCGCAAUGGGCAAUGCGUUCCUGCUGCAAGGCGGGGAUUGCGCGGAGAGUUUCAAGGAGUUCAAUGCCAACAACAUUCGUGACACUUUCAGGAUUCUUCUACAAAUGGGAGCUGUUCUGAUGUUCGGUGGACAAAUGCCUGUCGUCAAGGUGGGAAGAAUGGCGGGUCAGUUUGCGAAGCCCAGAUCGGAGGCGUUUGAGGAGAAGAACGGCGUGAAGCUGCCGAGUUACAGAGGGGACAAUGUGAACGGAGAUGCUUUCGACUUGAAAUCGAGGACUCCAGACCCGCAGAGGUUGAUCAGGGCCUAUUGUCAAUCUGCAGCUACUCUGAAUCUCUUGAGGGCUUUUGCCACCGGAGGGUAUGCUGCUAUGCAGAGGGUCACCCAAUGGAAUUUGGAUUUCACGGAGCACAGCGAGCAGGGGGAUAGGUACCGGGAACUAGCUCACCGAGUUGAUGAAGCUCUUGGAUUCAUGUCUGCUGCUGGACUUACAGUUGACCAUCCUAUCAUGACAACCACUGAGUUUUGGACAUCCCAUGAGUGUUUGCUCUUGCCUUAUGAGCAGUCACUUACUCGGAUGGAUUCAACUUCUGGCCUGUACUAUGACUGCUCUGCCCAUUUUCUUUGGGUUGGGGAACGAACACGACAGCUGGAUGGUGCCCAUGUUGAGUUCUUGAGAGGAGUUGCUAAUCCCCUUGGAAUUAAGGUGAGCGAUAAGAUGGAUCCAAAUGAGCUAGUCAAGCUCAUUGAGAUUUUGAAUCCUCAGAACAAACCGGGAAGGAUUACAAUAAUCACUAGAAUGGGAGCAGAGAACAUGAGGGUGAAGCUUCCCCAUCUAAUUAGGGCAGUUCGCAGGGCAGGUCAAGUUGUCACUUGGGUCAGUGAUCCUAUGCAUGGAAACACCAUCAAGGCUCCCUGCGGUCUCAAAACUCGCCCAUUCGAUGCUAUCAGGGCUGAGGUGAGAGCAUUUUUUGACGUGCACGAGCAAGAAGGAAGCCACCCAGGUGGUGUUCAUCUAGAGAUGACUGGCCAGAAUGUGACGGAGUGCAUUGGCGGAGCACGAACUGUGACAUUUGAUGACCUGAGCUCACGCUACCACACCCAUUGUGACCCGAGACUCAAUGCAUCUCAGUCGCUAGAGCUUGCCUUCGUCAUUGCAGAGCGCCUAAGAAAGAGGAGGAUGGGAUCCCAGCGCCCGAUGUCUUCAUUAGGGCUGUAGAAUGGCUUCAAAGGCCAACCAACAUGCCCCUUGUUUUUUUAUAAAAUCAUUACUGGCUGUAUUAAAUAUAUUUAAUCUUUGUGUUCAUUUAGCUUUAAGCUAUGUUAUGUACUGUAUGUGUAUACUGGAAGAAACUAAUGGUUUGAGACUUCUAAAGGGAGGAAUAAAGCAAAAAUUUAUGAAUUGCAAUCAAUAUAUAA